UAUUGAUGAACGGUGAAGAUUUGCGCAGGUCGUAAAAUUGGAGAGGAAUAGCAGGAGUGGAUCCGGAUCCAACGAUCCUUCUCCAUUACCACACUCCACUCUCCCGCCGAUCUCCGCCGUUUCUCCACCAUCCCUCAUGCGUCAGUUCUGAAAAACAUCAAAUUUAUUCUCUUUUCUUUGUCUUUUUUUUUUGUUCUGUCAACAAUGAGAAUGAGGUUUUACAACAAUCUUAUCUUAAUCCCUUCGAAGAAUCUUCGCCGCUCUUUCUCACAACUCACCACUACCACCCCACCAACACAACAUUUUCCCGAGAAAAUUCUUUCACCCCCUAAUUUUCCCGAGAAAAUUACUUCACCUAAAUCUAAAUCCUCCAAACCCAGUUCUAAAAAUAAAAUCUUGAAGACCCUCUUACGCCACAAGUCUAAACCCAAAUCAGCUCUAAGAUUCUUCCAAAUUGUUGAGAGAAAACGUGGGUUUGUUAAAACCGUUGAUGUUCUCUGUUUAUUGCUUCACAUUCUAUCUUCAACUCAAGAAACUCACCAUUCUGUUCGAUCUUUGCUCAACAACUAUGUUUUUGCUGAUUCUAGUCCUUCUGCGAAAGUAAUUGUGGAACAGUUAUUAGAGUGUUCAGGAAGGUAUGGUUUUGAAUCGGAUUCGCGGGUUUUUAAUUAUUUGUUGAAUAGUUUUGUUAGAGUUAAUAAGAUUACAGAUGCUGUUGAGUGUUUUAGAACUAUGUUAGAGCAUGAUGUGAUUCCUUGGGUUCCGAUUAUGAACAUUCUUUUGACUGCUAUGGUUAGGAGGAACAUGAUUAGUGAUGCACGCGAAUUGUAUGAUGAAAUGGUUGUGAGAGGAAUUUAUGGUGAUUGUUACACUUUACAUGUACUUAUGCGCGCGUGUUUGAAAGAAGAAAAAUUUGAGGAGGCUGAGAAGUUUUUCGAGGAGGCUAAGGGUAGAGGAUUGAAGCUUGAUGCGGCUGCAUAUAGCAUUGUUGUUCAGGCGGUUUGUAAUCGGAUGGACUUGAAUUUGGCGUGUGAGUUGUUGAAGGAGAUGAGGGAGUUUGGUUGGGUUCCGUCUGAGGGUACGUAUACUACUGUUAUUGUUGCUUGUGGGAAGCAGGGAAACUUUGUGGAGGCUUCGAGGCUUAAGGAUGAGAUGGUGAGCAACGGUUUACGUAUGAACUUAGCUGUUGCAGGUAGCUUGAUGAAAGGGCAUUGUAUGCGAGGAGAUGUGAAUCUUGCGCUGCAGUUGUUUGAUGAGAUUGUUGAGGGUGGUGUUGUUCCUCAUGUGGGUGUGUUCUCGCUUUUGAUCAAUGGCUGCUCAAAGAUUGGGAAUAUGGAGAAGGCAUGUGAACUUUACACCCAAAUGAAACUCUCGGGAAUCCAGCCUACUGCUGCAAUUAUAAAUUUUCUGUUGAAAGGAUUCUCAAAACAGAAUUUGCUCGAAAAUGCAUACGGAUUGCUUGAUGAGGCAGUUGAACUUGGUAUCGCAAAUGUUGUUUCAUAUAACAUUCUUUUAUUGUGGCUCUGUGAAAUAGGAAAGGUUAACGAGGCUUGUAAUUUAUGGGACAAGAUGAUGAGUAAGGGUAUUACAUCUUCACUAGUUUCUUACAACAAUUUAAUACUUGGUCACUGCAAAAAGGGUUGCAUGGAUGAUGCCUACAGUGUGUUGAAUAAUAUUCUUGAAAGGGGUCUGAAACCAAAUGCUGUCACAUACACUCUUUUAAUAGAUGGUUUUUUCAAAAAGGGUGAUUCAGAGAGAGCCUUUGCUGUGUUUGAGCAAAUGGUGGCUGCAAAUAUUGUGCCUCCAGACCACACAGUGAACACCAUUAUAAAUGGUUUGUGUAAGACCGGCCAGGUGUCUAAGACACAGGACAUGUUGAAAAAAUUUAUCACGAAAGGUUUUGUUCCCACUGCCAUUACUUAUAAUAGCAUCAUAAAUGGAUUUGUCAAGGAAGGUGAAAUUGGUUCUGCACUUUCUGCCCAACGGGAGAUGUGCGAAAAGGGAAUUUCUCCUAAUGUUAUCACUUAUACUAGUUUGAUUAAUGGAUUUUGCAAAUGUAAUAAGCUUGAUCGUGCUUUGGAAGUGCAUAAUGAUAUGAAACACAAGGGUAUGGAAUUAGAUGUUAUUGAAUAUGGUGCUCUCAUUGACGGUUUCUGCAAAAUGCAAGACAUGGAAAGUGCAAGCAAAUUCUUCACUGAACUUUUGGAUGUUGGUUUGACUCCUAAUGCAGUUGUUUAUAACAGCAUGAUUAGUGGCUUCCGACAUUUGAAUAAUAUGGAAGCAGCACUUAACUUGCACCAGAAAAUGAUAAUGAAUAAGAUUCCAUGUGAUUUGCAGAUAUACACCACAUUGAUCGGUGGGCUUUUGAAAGAAGGUAAAUUGAGUUCUGCUUUAGAUCUUUACUCAGAGAUGCUUUUCAAGGGUAUCGUGCCUGAUACUGUCAUGUAUACAGCUCUAAUAAAUGGACUCUGUAAUCAUGGUCAGCUAGAAAAUGCAAGCAAGAUUCUAAAGGAGAUGGAUGGGAAUAAUAUAACUCCUUCAGUUCUUAUUUAUAACAUUUUAAUUGCUGGAAAUUUUAGGGAGGGCAAUCUGCAUGAGGCUUUUAGACUGCAUGAUGAGAUGCUUGAUAAAGGUCUUGUGCCUGAUGAUACUACUUAUGAUAUUCUUGUAAAUGGAAAGCUCAAGGUAUCACAUACUCUUGCUGGAGUUUAAUUCAAUUGCAAACAAGUCUUGGAGAAAGUUAUUGAAUGACUUGAAAUUGGUCCAAUAUUCCAUUGUUUACAAUGCGGCACCGUCACUUUAGAUUGAAGGUGUGUCUAGUGUCUAACACUGAACACAUGUUUACAUUUUCUCAAAUUAUUACCGGUGUCAACAUGUCAGUGUCAGUAUGUGUUUGUGUCUAUGUCAGUGCUUCAUAGAUUGUGUAUCUUAUAGACCUAGAAAUCUGGACCAAAACUCCGUUCAUGACGUCUUCCAUAGAUUGUGUAUCUUAUCGGUAUCCUUUAGUGUAAUCAUAGGAAAAGUGAAUUCUAUCAGUUAGAUUCUUUCUUUGCCAAGAGCAUAAUAAUGUCAUGAGCCAGAUAUUGUGCAGAGAAUCAAGCUUUUUGGUAUGGAGUUUCAAAUAACUGCAGUGUAGCAUGGAUUAUCAGUGGGGAUAUUAGCAAUGGAAAAGACACACAGCUCAGGUGUGAUCUUAACAAUACUCUAGUUUCCUUUUACAUAUGAAUUGUAAUUUUAAGUUUAUUUUGUGAGAUAGAAAAAGGUCGUAUUAUUUGAUCUUCUUGCUUUACAAAUAACUGUUUGAUUCCAAACUUGCCCCUUUUUACUUGACAAGGAUGGAUAAGUUGUUUCCUUUUCACUUAAUAUUAAUCAAUCACAUGGGACUAAUUUUAGUUUAGAAUGGGAUAGUGUGUUUAUGACUCAUAAAAUUAUAUCAUUUCAGUUUUAACAUACCAUAUAUUUAUAGGUCCUUGAAGUUUGAUCCGUCAAUGAAGUCUAUGCUUUUUUAUAGUGUGGGGGUUAGGGUAGUGAAAUUUAAGCAAACACUUUGCCAUAUCUGCCAUUUCUUGAAUGGAGUUGGCGACUUAGUAUAUUGAUCAUUUUGUAUAGUCUCUCUGGUUGCUUGCUGUGGCCUCUGAUUAUCCAGCUCCUUCUACUUAUGCCUGUGAGGACAUUGCCAAUUACUAUUCCCCUUUGAAGCAUUUGAGAUUAAAAGGCGAAGCACUCACGAGAAAAUUGAAUACCAUCAUUGCUCCGCAUUAUUCAUUGUCCUACCAAGAGGUUAUUCCUGGUUUUAAAUAUACUGUGUGUGUAACCUCAGUUUUGAUUUUAAGUAUUGUACCACCACUUGUUUGCUAUGCUAAGGUUUCCUCUUCGAUUUGGAUUCCACAGUAAAUGUGUGAUUCUAAUUCUAAAUAAAAUAUUCAAGUGUUAUUGUUUAUUGCAUAUGAUAAUAUUUUUCAUAAGAUUAAGAAGAAAAAGACAAGGUAAGUGGAUAAUCCUUUUUUA